CUGGAAGAUCCAAAUCCAAAGAUAAAUAAGAUUCUUGAUUUUGAGGUCACAGGAAAAGAACAAGUCGCGAGGAGAACAGGGAUGAUGAUGGUUGUUUACCUUGAGGUUAAGAUGGAAUAAAACCUUACUGGAAGAGACAUAAGCCAUUUACCGUAUCUUAGCGCAAUUAAAAUAUUCCAACGAGAAAAGGAGAGAAAGAGAGAGACUGGUUCUUUAUGUCAACUUGUUAACGACUAGAAAAAGAAAAAUAAAAACAAAGACUUUCCCUCCAUGGUUUUCAUUCAUGUCAUGGCACGUUUUGUAAGAUGUUGUGUCCGUUUUGUGACUUGUCGAUCCUCAUCAUCAUUCAUCAUCUUACUAUUCUUCCUUACCGAUGAGUUUCAUAAGCUCGUGGUGUUUAGUGAUCAUCUCAUUGUGUUACACUUAUGUCGUUGCCCGAUUUGUUCCAAAAGGGAUCAGAAGGAUGAUACUGUUCAUACCUGUCUUCCUCUAUUUCUUCAUAGUUCCUUUGUCAUUAUCAGCCAUACAUUCAGUCGGUAUCACGGCUUUCUUCAACUCCUGGCUCGCUAACUUCAAGCUCUUUCUCUUUGCUUUAGGAAGAAGAGGUCUUCACUCUUCAAACUCUAAACCCUUAUAUCUCCCUAUUUUCUUAGCCGUCUCUUACUUGCGCAUCAAGAUUCAUCUGAGCCCUAACCUCCUACAUUCUUACUUCCACGGAGGAUCAUCGAGAGAUCUCUUAUACUAUACCAUCAUGGUUACUCUUUUGGUUCUUAUGACAAAAGUCUACGAGUAUAUCAGCAAACUCCCUGACAAAGCCGUCUUUACUCUCUACGCGAUUCAUAUCUAUCUCUUCCUCGAGCUCAUCCUAUCUGCCACGGCAACCGUGUUUCGACCCAUGCCUGGUCUUGACCUCGAACCACAGUGCAAGCCGUACCUGGCGAUGACAUCAAUUCAAGAUUUCUGGGGGAGACGGUGGAACCUAGCUUCAGCGGAAUCCUAAGGCAGGCCUACCGUGUACGAACCAACGGUUCAUCUGUUCUCUGUCUUUGGGCGGAACUGGUCUCGUGUACUUGCUGUUUGCGCCAGGUUUAUGCAUGACCUCAUCUUCUUCUACAUGGGACGGUUGAUACCGGAUUGGAAGGUAAUGUGGUUCUUUCUUGUACACGGGCUCUGCACGACUGUGGAGAUCGCGGGAGGUUCGGGUUUGUCAUGGUGUAUGGUGACUAGAUCAAGAGCAUCAUUUCAUCUCUACUUUAAUACUUACCAUGAGUUUCAUAUUGCUACGAAACAUAUCAAGAUCAUGAUUGCAUAUAUAUGUGACUAUUCUUUUUCCCUUUAUUGCUACAACUAUUCCAAAGUUUCUGCAACUACAUCACUUGCAUGA